ACAUUUUUUGCGGAGUGCGUUCACCCGCCACUUGAUCGUUUUCAGAGUGAACUUUGGAAUUUUGGUUGGAUUAAUUUAUUUUACUUUAGUUGUUGUUUGAGAUAAGUCAAGCAACUCGGAAGUUGCUAUUUUACGCAGUAUUACCAAAAAAAUAUUAUAAUGAUGCAGUUCGGGUUAAUUGCAAGAAAGUUUUCAAGUUCAGCUAGUGUACAAAGUGCAAUCAAAAAUGUUACCGUGAUUGGAGGCGGUUUGAUGGGCUCUGGAAUUGCCCAGGUAUCAGCUCAAGCCGGACAAAAUGUGACUCUCGUAGACGUAAGUCCGGACGUUCUGGCCAAGGCACAGAAGUCUAUCGGAGCUAACCUUGGUCGGGUAGCUAAAAAAGUUUACAAAGACAACCCUCAGGAGGGCGAGAAGUUUGUAUCCGAGUCCCUGGGAAGGAUCAAGACUCUCACAGACCCGGUGGCCGCAGCGAAGACCGCCGACCUUGUAGUCGAGGCUAUUGUGGAGAACAUGGAUGUCAAACAUAAGUUGUUCAAGCAAUUGGAUGAAGCUGCCCCUCAGCAUACAAUCCUGGCAUCUAACACAUCUUCACUCUCUAUCAAUGAAAUUGGUUCAGUGGUUAAGAGGAAGGACAGAUUUGGUGGUCUCCACUUCUUCAACCCAGUGCCAGUGAUGCGCCUGCUAGAAGUGGUGAAGGGCGCGGAGACAUCAGAGGCCACCUACAACGCCAUGAUGGCGUGGGGCAAGGCUGUGGGCAAGACUUGCAUCACCUGCAAGGACACUCCCGGCUUCGUGGUCAACAGACUGCUGGUACCUUACAUUUGUGAGGCCAUCAGGCUGUAUGAGAGAGGCGAUGCCUCAGCCCGGGACAUCGACAUCGCGAUGAAGCUGGGCGCCGGCUACCCCAUGGGCCCUCUCGAGCUGGCUGACUACGUCGGCCUGGACACCAACAAGUUCAUCCUGGACGGCUGGCACAAGAAGUACCCCGACCAGGUCCUCUUCAAACCCAUCCCCCUACUGAACAAACUGGUGUCCGAGGGAAAACUCGGCGUCAAAUCUGGCGAAGGCUUCUACAAGUAUGAGAAGAAAUAAGUGAUAUUAUUCUGAAAUCUGAAAU